AUGGCCGAUCUAAAUGAAGUUGCUUCGGACGAGGCUUUAAUUAUAAAACAACCAAAUUUUACCACCUGCGCUAAAUGUGGUUUACUAAUUGUGGGUCAGUUUGUAAGGGCUUUAGGCGGUACUUAUCAUUUGGACUGUUUCAAAUGCCAGGAUUGUGGAACCGUCGUAGCUGCUAAAUUUUUUCCCAUAGAAGGGUCGGAUAAUAAACAACACCCUCUAUGUGAACGUGAUUACUUUCGACGUCUUAAUCUCAUCUGUGAAAAAUGCGGUGGAGCUUUAAGAGGAUCUUAUAUCACCGCUCUUGAUAAAAAAUAUCAUAUUGAACAUUUUACAUGUUCCGCUUGUUCAACUAUAAAUCGAAAUAGUAUUGACGAACAUUGGCAUCCGGAAUGUUACAUGAUACAUAAGUUUUGGAAUGUAAAACUUGCAACACACACGGACGAUAAAAUCAACCAACCUGUUGAUGAAAAUGACGAAACUCCGCUAGCUUGUGAUAUAAAAAUACCACCGGAACAACUUAAACAACAACAAAAAGAUAUGGAAGAGAAAGUUUACAGUAUAUGGACUGUACUUUCUGCUUUCGAAGAAAUGUCAGCGGCUUGUAUCUCUGAUAUGUUACUUCACGUAUCAAAUGGUGCUUAUUUCGAAGGAGUGAAAAUGGCUGAAAAAUUUAUUAGUCAUGUUGAAAUUUUAUUUUCUGCAAUCGAUGAUUUAGAAAUCCAAUUAGUUAAAGCGAGCGGCCAAGGCCUUCAACAUAAUAGGGAAGCUAAAAUGCUUUGCAAAAAAAUAGUUAAUUUUUUUUCCUUGCUGUCUCAUACUCAAGAAACUGGUGUAAGAGUAUUAGGAAUUACACAGGAAUUAUUAUCAUUAGUGACAGGUUUGGCGCACUAUCUAAAAAUUUUAAUAAGGAUAGCGUUAACUGGUGCUCUGAAAUUGGAACGAGAUUUCAAUAAUACAGAAGCGAUUGGAAAAUUUUUAAAUAAACUAGGAGAACUCACAAAGAAAGGAAGGAAAAAUAUUCGUGAGGAGGGUAUAGAUAGUGAAGUUACAUCCGAUCUAUGUCACGCGUGCCGUAUCACGGUUGAAGAAGAAUGUUAUAAAUUUGGACAUUAUCGUUGGCAUAUUGGUUGUUUAAGAUGUUCUGGUUGUUCUCGUGAAUUACGUACCAUCUAUCGGGAUGCCACCUUUAAUCAAAUAACGGAGAUGGCAUUUUGUCCGAAUGAUACAAAUGAACAGGCCCUCCCAGGAUUUCAAUAUGUUACUCAAUUGGAGCAGUAUACAUUUUUAUUAUUUGUCGCGUUAUCACGUUUAUAUAAUUUGCUCCGACGUAAAGAUGAAAACAAUAGUUUAUCAGAUUACGAUGGUCGCGGACGUAAAAUAGAAAAAGAAGAAGUUGGACUUACACGUAAGGAUUCACGAUCAAAAUCUUAUUCAAGUGGUGAUAAAGCAUUUGAAUCACUUAACACAGGUGAUAUCAAACGUAUGAAGUCAGUUCACAUGGAUCGUAAGUUAUCCACCUCAGCCAGGUUUGCCAAACGAUCAAGAAUAAUAGAACAAGAACAAACCGUUAUAAAUAGUUUGGAUGAUUCUAUUAAAGAUAAAUUGGCUAGAGAUCCUUCACAACGUCGAGUUAAAAUAGUUGAAGAUAAAUCCGAAUUUAAUGUAAACGAAUCUCGACUGAAAUUUAAUAAAGAAAGUGGAGGAAUAACAUUAGCGGAUAUAUCGGCAAUCGCGGAGGCCGAGAUGGUAGCAGCAUCGGAAAAUAUAGCAACAGAAAAAACCAUGAAAAGACGAAGGACGUCACGAGGAAAAUGUUAUUUGGCAGAAUUAUCAGCACUUGAAUAUUUUAUUGUGAAACAUGUCGCAGUCCUUAAUUUGGAGGUUUUGGUGAAAGAUUAUUUUAAUUUGGAAGAAUUAUUGGAUUUAAUUGGAUCAAAAAAAACCACUUUAUGGUCAAAAUUUGUUACAUCAAUUAAACCAGCAGAGAAGAAACCAGUUAAAAAAAGAGAUGCUAUGGUGGGAGAAGGAGGUACAUUUGGAGUAUCACUUGAAGUACUUGUAGAAAGAUAUGGAAUUGAUUCAGCACUAGGAGCCGGACCUGGACGUAUAAGAAUACCUAGUUUCGUGGAUGAUAGUAUAUCUGCUAUGAAAACGAUGGAUAUGUCGGUCGAAGGGAUAUUUCGUAAAAAUGGAAACAUCCGACGUUUAAAGGAUCUUUGUGAUUCCAUUGAUAAAAAUCCAUCAUCCAUAAAUCUAUCCGAAGACAAUCCAGUACAAGUUGCUGCAUUGAUGAAGAAAUUUCUACGAGAAUUACCAGAUCCAUUACUUACCUUUAAGUUGCACAAACUCUUUAUAACAUCUCAAAAAUUUGAUAAUGAGGCCGAUCGAAAGAAAGUUUUACAUCUUACAUGUUGCCUUUUACCCAAAGUGAAUCGAGAUACGAUGGAAGUUUUAUUCAUAUUUUUCAAAUGGGUGGCAUCCUUUUCUCACGUAGAUGAAGAAACAGGUAGUAAAAUGGAUUUACACAAUCUUGCCACAGUAAUUACACCAAAUAUACUGUAUUCAAAAUCAAAGGAUCCGGUGAAGGAUGAUUCAUUUUUAGCCAUUGAAGCCGUUCAUAAUUUACUUAAAUAUCAAGAUGAAUUCUGGAUGGUACCGGAUGACGUAGCUGUGAUAUUACGUGAUCAAGAUUUAAUUAGUAAUCCAGAAAAUUUAACUACGAAAGAUAUAUUAAAACGUUCAGCAACCGAACUUAAAAAGAAAAGAACUUUCAAAAAAUUUUCAUAUCGAGGAGUUGAUCUAGAUUCACUUUUAGAUUGUACUUCUGAACAAUUAACAGAUCUUGUUCACGCUAGAGCUCGAAGAAGAUUUCAACGUGGUUUAAAACGUAAACCGAUGGGACUAAUUAAGAAAUUACGUAAAGCUAAAAAGGAAGCACCACCAUCCGAAAAACCUGCCGUGGUUAAAACUCAUUUACGUGAUAUGAUUAUUGUACCCGAAAUGAUUGGUUCAGUUAUUGGUGUUUAUAAUGGUAAAACUUUUAAUCAAAUUGAAGUUAAGCCCGAAAUGAUUGGCCAUUACCUUGCAGAAUUUUCUAUCUCAUAUAAACCAGUUAAGCACGGUCGUCCCGGUAAAGUAUCUUUUUAA